AGUUGAUCUUCCUGAGCCAAGUCAAGUCACAGUUGAUCUUCCUGAGCCAAGUCAAGUCACAGUUGAUCUUCCUGAGCCAAGUCAAGUCAAGUCACAGUUGAUCUUCCAGAGCCUCGUCACAAUGUCAUCUCAGCAGACCUCCCAGAACCUCGUCACAUCUCAGCUGAUCUUCCAGAGCUAUGUCACGUCUCCGCUGAUCGCCCAGAGCCACGUCAUGUCUCCACUGUUCACCCAGAGUCUCAUCCCGUCAAAGUCUCAUCCCAUCAUCCCUUGUCUACGGCUGGUCGCUAGAUGGUCGCUCAAAGUACCGGUACUAAUAAAAUGAAGAACCGGACCAUUUUUAAAAGCAGGGUAUCGCUAUACCUUUCUAGUACCGGUAUAUCGUGCAACACUAGUCUACGGACACAAUGGCUGCUCCGCCAGUGUUUACGGACAAGAUGGCCGCUCCGCCAGUGUCUACGGACAAGAUGGACACUCUUCCAGUGUCUACGGACAAGAUGGCCACUUCCCCUGAGCCUUCUGAUGAGAUGGCUACCAUGCCUGAGCCCCAGGAGAUUGCAGCGCUGGCCAUUAUGGUCACAGCUAUCUGGUGUGUGUGGGCUGCGCACACAUCAAUUCCAGUCCUUGAAUCCACUCCAGAGCACACUCCAGUCCAUGAAUCUGCCCCAGAGACAGUUCCAGCCCAUGAGACUGCUCCAGUCCGUGAAUCCACCCCAGAGCCCACUCCAGCCCUUGAAUCUACUCCAGCCCAUGUAUCUGCUUCAGACUCCGCUCCUGUCGCCGAGCCCGCUCCAGACUCCGCUCCAGUUGCUGAGCCUGCUCCAGACUCCACUCCGGUUGCCGAGCCCGCUCCAGACUCCGCUCCUGAUGCCGAGCCCACUCCACUCCACUAGCCCGCUCCAUUCCACGAGCCUGCUCCACUCCACGAGCCCACUCCACUCCACUAUCCAGCUUCAGAAUCCGAAAAAGAGUCCCAAAGAGAUUUCCGAGAGGCUCUCCAAGGCACCUGACCCACUGUGGCUCUCCAAAGCACCUGACCCACCAUGGCCCUUCGAGGAGAGGUAUGUGGAGGAAUUUUCUGAGCUUGCUUACUUGGUGAACUGGCCAGAUGCCCCGCUUAACGCUUGUUUUCUGGCAGGUCUGGACGAGGACACGAUUUGCUUUUGUGAACCUGCAUGGUCAAAAAGAAUUGUGUUCUCCUCAACCAGUCCCCUCAGAAAUACAAGCGCCCUGGCCAGUUUGCCAGUCUGCCUCACCGGAGCCCCCAAUUAAAUCUGCUGCCUAGCCUGAGCCCUCACCCAAGGGAGAUGACUGGCUAAUAAACUUUUGGACAGAACCAGUAGCUCCAGUUAUUCCGGGGGCAUGUACCCGUGGGUGGGGAAUAUGUGAGUGGGACAAGUGGGACAGUGUAACCUGUCAUGCAGUUCACUUUUUCACCAUGAGUAUGAAGAUUUCACAACUAGUUUUAUGUUUUCAUAUGUAAUAUCCUCUUGAAGACAUGCUGAGAAGCACAAACAAACAUUACUCAAAGACAUUACUGUCUAAUGUAUAUCACACACUGAAGUACACCCUUAA